AUGUCGUCGCCAACAAACUCGACAUUUACGAAUUCUUCUCCACCCCGCGAAAACCGCUGGAAUGGACCAGCUUCAACAUGGCAACAACUCACAGAAGAAGAACGUGGUUUGGCGGCCUCGCUGGAUGAACUUCGGAAUAGAGAUUUGAGCCUUCACUUAUAUAAUGCUUUCGCAUUGAAAAAGCGAGCCAAAGAUUUCAAUGCUCAUGGAACUGUUCAUGGGGAAGAUGAGGAUCAAGAUGACUCAAAUGGAUUUGCACCUUCCAAAAAGUGGACUGCAUGGCCAAUUGAAGCGACGGAGGUCCCAAGGGAAGGCGAGCAGAUAGGCCCGGAUGAUAGUGAUGAAGUUUUUACUCUGAGAAGAAAGGAGUUUACAAAACUGAGUAGGGACUUGGAAGAUGAAUUGAUCGGGGUCACAUUAAAGUAUUCAAGAGAGAAAUUUUUGCAACGGGAGACCGCCGAGGACCACGAAAAACAAGUCGAAAAUAGUGUUACAGAGGAAAUGAAUAUUGAUGAACGGCAACAAGAGCAGUCGGAAGAUCCCGAGAUUGGAGAAGAUGGUGUUAGAAAAUCAUCGGAGCCACCUGUAAUCACAACUAUUCUCCGGCCCGAGAUAUCAGCUGAUGACGAGCGUUCCCGAGAAAUAUUGCGCCCAUCAAUCAGGCAUACCCUUUCGAAAUUGGAUGAUAUCUUGAUGGCUUUGCACCAUGCGCGAAAAACCUGCCGACAGUAUGCCGCUCAAGCUGAGUUCGAUACGGAUGUGGAGUCUCGUUCACGUGCAACUAGCAUAGCAGGUGAUGCUACAGAUAGAGAUUCGCCUGUUAAAAAGCCAGUGGGUCGGCCACGCAAACUUCAAUCCAUUGAUCCUGCAACCGUCCCUCUGUUUACCCCAAAUGAAAAUGGCCUUGACGAUCCCGAACUUUGGCGAGUAAAGAAAACUCAUCGAGGACGACCGAAGAAAAUUUAUGAGAGAUUAGAGGGCGAAACCCAGCAUGAAUAUCUCACUCGGAUUGCCAGAAUUCAGAAGAAACCCCUGCCAAUUUUCGCUCCACCAAUAGCGCCAAGUACGCCUAAGCGUGAAAGAACACCCGCCUCUGUGUCUCCUCAAAAAUCGCCUAGAAAGCUUUCAGAAAAGAAACGCAAGCAGAUGCUAGGUCUCAGGGAUUGGAGCGAGGUACUAGGAUCUGCUGCAUUAGUUGGAUUCUCGCCGAAUGUCAUUGCUAGGGCUACGCAAAGAUGUGCGGAUCUUUUUGGGGAGAAUAUGAUAAUGAGGACAAUGGUUGAGGGUCCUGUUGUAGGAGGAAAGGACGAUAAAGUAACAGAAUAUUACCCAGGAAUGAUUCCCGAUCUUGAUGAAUCUGAAGAAUCCGGAGCGUCUCUCGAUGAAGAUGAAGACGCAUCGUCGGAUUCAGCUUCCGAUACGGAAAACGCGGAUAGCAAAGGUCGUCCUCCCAUGAAGCGAAAUGCUUCACGUAUUGACAGCGAUGAAGAGAUGAAUGGAGCAGUACAUACUGAUAGAUUUCUCAAGCCGCUCACCGGGAAGAGAGGAUGGCGGGGUAUCGAUAAGGAGAAGAGAAAACGAAGCAAAUCGGGGGUGGAAAUGGGAGACCGGGAACAAGUAUCUGAUGAGGAGGGGGAGGGUGAAGCGUCGGGUUCAUACUCAGAAUCGGACCUGGAAAUGCAGGAAGAGGUCGAGGGCGGAGAUUAUGGUAGCGAACAUUGA